GAUGAAGCCAUGCAUCUCUGUAUGAUGAUCCUCCUCCUGGGGGGCCUAGCAGCCACCUCCCAGGCCUCCCCCUUCAGCCCGAGGGGACUCUCGCCGCUGGGCAAGACGGUGGACGUCCGGAGCUUGAUGUUGUUGAUGAUGAACGACCAGGAGGACGGCUCCGGCUUCGUGGACUUUGAGAUGCCAGCGUUCCCCAGCUGCCCGUUUGGGUGCCAGUGCAACAGGAAGGUGGUCCAGUGCUCCGACCUCGGUUUACCUAGCGUUCCAUAUGACAUUCCUGCUGAUACAAGACUGUUGGACCUCCAGGGAAACUUCAUCACAGAGAUCAGAGAAAAUGACUUCAAGGGUCUCAAUGAUCUUUACGCUCUGGUCCUGGUGAACAACCUCAUCUCCAAGGUGCAUCCGCGGGCCUUCCUUCCCCUGGUGGGCCUGCAGAAGCUCUACCUGUCCCACAACCGGCUGACCACAGUGCCCAGGAACCUCCCCUCCUCAUUGGUGGAGCUCCGUAUCCACGACAACAACAUUAAGAAGAUAGAAUCCAGAACAUUCGCCGGCCUUCACAAAAUGAACUGUAUUGAACUGGGUGGUAACCCCAUCAGGAACAGUGGCCUGGAGGCCGGAGCCUUCGACGGCCUGAAUCUGAACUUCUUGAGGAUUUCAGAAGCUAAACUCACCGCUAUUCCCAAAGACCUCCCCGACAGUCUUCGUGAGUUACACCUGGACCACAAUCAGAUCCACACCAUCGGGCAGGAAGACCUCACGCAUUAUGGCGAACUGUACAGGCUGGGCCUGGGCCACAACAGGCUUCGUCGUAUCGAGUAUGGGGGGCUGUACUACGUCCAGAGCCUGAGGGAGCUCCACCUCCACCACAACCUGCUCUCCUCCGUCCCCGCGGGGCUCCCAGAGAUGAAGCACCUGCAGGUGGUGUACCUGCACUCCAACAACAUCAGCAAGGUGGAGGUGGAUGCCUUCUGCCCUUCCUCCUUCAGUGUGAAGAAGACCUUCUACAACAGCAUCAGUCUCUAUGACAACCCAGUGCGCUACUGGGAGGUGCAGCCUGCCACGUUCCGCUGCGUCAGCGACAGACUGGCCGUGCAGCUCGGCAACUACAAGAAGUAGCUUCCUGCUGAGGGGGAAGUGGGCGGAGUCAGCGGAGAGCAGGGCGUGGAGCAGAUGGACGUCACCACGCACCACCUUAUAUUAUCCUCAAUACAUUACCUUACAUUACAACAUGGCAAGUCAUUAUUUUACAAUAGAUUUAAUUGCUUUACAAUACUUAAAGUUUAAUGGCAAUUAUUUACAAUGUACGGUGCUUGCAUUACAAUACAACACAUGUCAUCCUGCCAAAAAAGACAUUACAACACUUUUCUUUGGGGUUCAGCAUAUGUCUUGCUGAUGCCAACUCUAGCUUUGUGUAUUUUAUUCUACAUUUAUUUUACAAUUGAUUGCCAACCAGAGACUAAAUAAACUUCUUAUUUUCGUGUCUUUGAA